GAGCGCGGGCGGGGCGGGCGCGCGGCGGCCGGUCACGUUUCUGCCCGUAUGAAGCCCGAGCCGGGACGCGCCGGGCCGGCGGGAUGCGCCGCGCGCGGAAUAUAUUGAUGACACUUUGAGAUUUGGAAAGACCAUGAUUAGUACAUUCAUUGAGGUGUGACUUCAGUUCUCUGCAGAAAGUGAACCUGGUUCAGCUUGGUUUGCCUCCCAUAUCACAGAGGUGUCCGGACUCUGUAAUGGUCAAAGAUUUCCAGUAGAAGAGGAUGAGACAAGAAUUAAAUGCAUGUGGGAGACUCUGGACCUAGGCACUUCAUGCUUUUGAUGCUAGCUGGGAGGGAGCUUGAUAAACACUUUUGCCACCUUUUCGUAGAAAAACCAGGAACAAAGAGGAAGGAAUACACAUGGUUCUAUUGUCUUGAAAAUAACAGAGAUUCUCAACAAAGAAUGUUAGUUCAUGGUUCUACACUGUUGCUGUCUCUGAGUUGCUGAAAUGGAUGAGGAUAUUUGUGCAUCUGUACUUCCAAACAGAGUUUACACAGAGGGAAAAUUCUGAAUAUGGCUUGAUUUGCUCUUGGUCUUGGCAGUGUUUCUGAUGAGUGUCCCACGGACUCUGUCAAGUUCUGGGGGCUCUCCUCUAGCACUGAGGAGCAGAACCCUGAGCAGCAGCCUGGCAUCAGUGGAAACCUUUCUCUGUCCUUCUCCUUAAAAGAGCAGCUCAAGAUGAGUGACUAUUCUGGACUUCCAAGUGACCACAGCCAGAUGAUUGCUGAAGACUCAGAAAUUCAAGCAAAGCCUGAACACUCUCAUGAAGUUCUUCAGGAAGAUAUUGAAAUGAGCAGUGGCUCCAGUGGAAAUGAUUCCAGUGGAAAUGACUCCAGUGGGAAUGACACAAAUGAAAACUAUUCAAGUGGGCAUGAUUCUCAUGGUCAUGAAUCUGAUGAAAAUGGGAAGGAUUCAGCAAUGCUCAUGGAAUCUUCAGAUUGUCAUAAAAGUUCAAGCUCAAAUGCGUUUAGUCUGAUGAUUGCAAACUCUGAACACAAUCAGUCCAGCAGUGGAUGCAGUAGUGAGCAGUCCACUAAAGCCAAAACACAAAAGGAAUUGCUGAAAACACUGCAGGAGCUGAAAGCUCACCUUCCUUCUGAGAAGAGAGUCAAAGGAAAAUCCAGUGUUCUAACGACAUUGAAAUAUGCCCUUAAAAGCAUUAAACAAGUUAAAGCCAAUGAGGAAUAUUACCAGUUGUUGAUGAUUAAUGAAUCCCAACCUGCUGGUCUCAAUGUAUCAUCUUACACAGUGGAAGAAGUGGAGACUAUAACCUCAGAAUACAUAGUGAAAAAUGCGGAUAUGUUUGCUGUAGCUGUUUCUUUGAUAACUGGGAAAAUUUUAUACAUCUCUGAUCAAGCUACUUCUAUUCUCCGCUGCAAGAGGGGCUAUUUUAAAAAUGCCAAAUUUGUGGAGUUCUUGGCACCUCAGGAUGUCAGCGUGUUCUAUACUUCUACCACCCCAUACAGAUUACCAUCAUGGAACAUUUGCAAUAGAGCUGAGUCUUCCACCCAGGAUUGCAUGGAAGAGAAAUCUUUUUUCUGUCGCAUCAGUGCGGGAAAGGAGCGUGAAAAUGAGAUUUGCUAUCACCCAUUCCGGAUGACUCCCUACCUUAUCAAAGUGCAAGAUCCAGAAAUAGCAGAAGACCAGCUUUGCUGUGUGCUGCUUGCAGAAAAAGUCCAUUCUGGUUAUGAAGCACCCAGAAUUCCUCCUGACAAAAGGAUUUUUACAACUACGCACACACCGACCUGUUUGUUUCAGGAUGUAGAUGAAAGAGCAGUCCCUCUGUUGGGAUACCUACCUCAGGAUUUAAUAGGAACACCAGUCUUGGUGCAUCUUCAUCCAAAUGACAGACCCUUAAUGCUAGCAAUUCACAAAAAAAUUCUUCAGUAUGGAGGGCAACCUUUUGACUAUUCACCAAUCAGGUUUUGCACUAGGAAUGGAGAUUAUAUCACCAUGGACACCAGCUGGUCCAGUUUCAUCAACCCCUGGAGUCGAAAAGUUUCAUUUAUUAUUGGGAGACACAAAGUUAGGACGGGUCCCUUAAAUGAAGAUGUCUUUGCUGCUCCCAACUACACCGAGGACAGGAUCCUGCACCCCAGUGUCCAGGAGAUCACGGAGCAGAUCUACCGGCUGCUGCUGCAGCCUGUACACAACAGUGGAUCCAGUGGCUAUGGAAGUCUGGGUAGCAAUGGUUCACAUGAGCACCUGAUGAGUGUGGCAUCCUCCAGUGACAGCACAGGAAAUAAUAAUGAAGACACUCAUAAGGAUAAACCAACUUUGCAGACUCCUGCUCUUGCCAAGGUGGUCACUUCAGGCUUUCAGUUCUUAAACACUGGUGGAGAGGUUUGUCAAUAUGCCCGUAAGGUCAAGAAUAAAGGACAGCAUAUUUUCACUGACAGUAAAGCAAAACUGGACUCCAAGAAAGAGUCUUUGGCAGAAAAACAGAAUACUGCUGGUGGUCAGGUGAAAGGUGUAGGGGGAAAGGAUACUGCAGGAACAGUUGCUCCAAAAAAUGUGACUACUGAAGAGCUGGCUUGGAAAGAGCAACCUGUGUAUUCCUAUCAGCAGAUCAGCUGUUUGGACAGUGUCAUCAGGUACUUGGAGAGUUGUAACGUGCCUGGUACAGCAAAAAGGAAAUGUGAGCCUUCAACAAGUGUUGCAUCACUGAGUUCUGGAGUUCAUGAACAAAAAGCAGCUGAUAAUUCUAUCCAGCCAUUGGGAGAUCCUGCUGUGUUGAAGGCAUCUGGUAAAUCAAGUGGUCCCCCAGUGGUUGGUGCUCACUUAACAUCUUUGGCUUUACCUGGCAAGCCUGAAAGUGUUGUGUCUCUCACCAGUCAGUGCAGCUACAGUAGCACCAUUGUUCACGUUGGAGACAAAAAAACACAACCUGAAUUAGAAAUGAUAGAAGAUGGUCCAAGUGGAGCAGAAAUCAUAGAUGGCCAACUUCUUGCCCCUCCAUCCAGCUCUGCACACAUAAAUCAAGAGAAGGAGCCAUUUAAAAAACUGGGACUUACAAAGGAGGUGCUUGCAGUGCAUACACAAAAAGAGGAGCAGAGCUUCUUGAACAAAUUCAAAGAAAUAAAGAGAUUUAAUAUUUUUCAAUCACACUGUAAUUACUACUUACAAGACAAACCAAAAGGACGGCCUGCUGAACGUGGUGGCCGUGGACAAAGAAACGCCACUUCUGGAACAGAUCAGCCUUGGAAGAAAAGUGGAAAGAACAGGAAAUCAAAGCGCAUUAAACCGCAGGAAUCUUCAGACAGCACAACUUCUGGAGCUAAAUUCCCCCACCGGUUCCCCCUGCAGGGUUUGAAUGCCACAGCCUGGUCGCCAUCAGAGACGUCCCAAGCCAGCUACUCAGCAGUGUCCUUCCCCACUGUCAUGCCUGCCUAUUCUCUUCCUGUUUUCCCUGCAGCAGGGACGGUGCCACCGGCUCCUGACACUUCACUCUCUGGUUUCAAUCACUUGCCAGACUCUGCAAACACUUGCCCUGUGGGGCCAUCCCAGUUCUCUGCACCCUUCAUGACCCCUGUGGUGGCUCUUGUGCUGCCCAACUACGUGUACCCAGAGAUGAACAAUAACUUACCUCAGACACUUUACCCCGGCCAGCCCAACUUCCCUGGCCAUCCCCCCUUCUCCUCGCAGACAGUGUUCCCAGCACAGCCCCCCUUUGCCACAGCCAGCCCCUUCCCACAGCAGGCAUUUUUCCCAGCACAGCCAUUCCAGUACAGCCCCCCAGCAGAGGCUGAGCGGGCUCCUGUGGCCGAGCCCCGCCACGACCCGUCCCGCUCCUGCACGCCGCAGUCGCCGGCUCCUCAGGACCAGGCCUCGCCACCGCUCUUCCAGUCCAGGUGCAGCUCUCCCCUCAACCUGCUGCAGCUGGAGGAAACCACCAAAACCGCGGAGAGCGGUGCAGCCGCCGGCUUACACGGAGCCCUGGCUGAGGAGGGAGCCAUGGGCAACAUGGGCACGGCAGACAAUGGCAGUGGGAAGGAGUCCUUACCUGCUGAAUCUCCAAUGGAUGCUCAGAACAGCGAUGAGCUCUCCAUGUCCAGUGUCCUGCUUGACAUUUUACUGCAGGAGGAUGCAUGUUCAGGCACUGGCUCAGCCUCUUCAGGGAGUGGUGUGUCUGCAGCUGCUGAGUCCCUGGGCUCUGGCUCCAAUGGCUGUGGCAUGUCAGGGAGCAGAACAGGUAGCAGUGAAACUAGUCACACCAGCAAAUACUUUGGCAGCAUUGAUUCCUCAGAGAAUCACCAUAAAAGCAAAAUGAAGACAGAAAUGGAGGAAAGCGAGCACUUCAUCAAGUAUGUGCUUCAGGAUCCCAUCUGGCUGCUGAUGGCCAACACAGAUGACACAGUGAUGAUGACUUACCAGAUCCCCUCCCGGGAUUUGGAAACAGUUUUAAAGGAAGAUAAGCAGAAAUUAAAGCAAAUGCAGAAACUACAGCCAAAAUUUACAGAAGAACAAAAAAGAGAGCUUAUUGAAGUUCAUCCAUGGAUUCAGCAAGGUGGACUGCCAAAAACUGUUGCUAAUUCUGAAUGUAUUUUUUGUGAGGACAAUAUACAGAGCAAUUUUUAUACAUCAUAUGAUGAAGAAAUUCAUGAAAUGGACCUUAAUGAAAUGAUUGAAGAUAGUGGAGAAAGCAGCUUGGUUUCCCUGAAUCAAGUCAAUGAAGAACAAACAUAGCCUUUGAGCCUGUUGUUUUGAAAAUUGCUUCAAAACGACAGUGAAGGAUCCACAAAGGUUUUCAUCUUUUAUCCAGCUGGAUGAAUGCAGUUCAAAAAAGCAAAUGUGUUUUUCUUGCUCUAGAAGAGUCAUUUGUGAAUGAAUCUCUUUUUAAAUGGUGGCAAUCUCUUCCCAGUAAGGACAUUGUUGAAGAUGGUAUAGCUUUUCUUUAAAAGACUCAUUUUGCACUUACAUGCCUCAAGUAUUUCUUUAUAAACUAUAGAAACUUUCAUUGAUGCCUACUGUUUUUGUAGAGUGGGUUAAGAAGUGCUGAAAAUCUCCUCACAUACAUACGGUUCUUCAAAUCUCCUUUUGGUGGUGGUUCAGCAUUAUAAAUUGUUGAGCAAUUCUGUUAGUGGCUCUUUAGCAUUGUUCUUAAUAUUUGAAGUGGUCCAGCAUAGUAGAAGAAAUAACCUUCAAGGAAAUCAAUUCACACUUGCCCUUCUCAUACCAGUUGAUCCCAUGAUCUUUGUUUGUCUCCUCUAGUUUUGAAUGUAGGAAAUUCUUUUGUCUAAGAGGAAUGUUGAGCUGAUUUUCUAAGAUGGUCUGGUAUUAAAGUUCAUGUUGAUGUGUAAGUACAGAGGACUGCAGACAACUUCGUAGCCUUUUAUGUAAAUGGACACUGCAAAACUAUGAACUGUUUAUUACCUUGAAGCAUAAUUUCUGAGAAAAUUUUACUCAAGAAAUCCUUAUGCUUAAAGAUUGUAAAAACUUAAGACCACAGAGGAUGACUGGCCAUGCUCCAGUGGCUGUUACACAGACCUUGGGGUAGCUUUAACCUUUAUUGCUGAUGUGUUCUGCCAGGAGGUUGGCCAUCAGUUUUUCCAAUGUGGCAAAACAAACAUCAAAUUUUUAUGUGGCAAGAGAGAAUUAGAUGUGUCUUGUCGUUUGAAGAUAGUUCUUAUAAAAAAGAAAUUCUUUUGAGAAUAGUGUUGACUCAGUCUAUUUGAUUUACAUGAUGUCAAAUUUAGCGUGGCUGGAAUCCUUUGCUGUGGAAGAUUUCAUUUUAAUGCCUCUGAGAUUGUAUUGACUGGAAUGUGUGUACUUUAUGUUCCUGUGCUGUUUAUGUCUGUUGGAUGUGGGAAGAGAAUGUGAGAGAACAACUGUUGAUAUGUUGGUUAGUUAAAGGACUCAUUCAGUCCUUUAAAGCAGUUUAGUUGCUGUAUUGCCAGGUGUCAGCUGUAAGUCUUGGUGUGAAAAGUGACGAAAGUUAAUUCAAUUAACUUCAAUAUGUUUGUCUUAAAAUAUUUUUCAUGGGAAGCAUUUCCUUUUUUAGUAGGAUAACAUUUCUAUUCCCUGAAAUUUAAGGUUAUUUUCAUUCUAUACAAAUAUUUAUCUUUUUAUACAGAGAGGAUGUGAAGUUAGAUCUAGCACCAAAAACAUGCAAAAGUGACUGGUAUUCGCUUAGCAGAAGAAAUAAUUUGUUUCAAGUAACUAGUUAUCAAUUGGAAAAUUUGCACUGGAGACAGGUUCUGCAGGUAGCAAAGUGUGUCAGCUUGUGAAACAAGCAGAAUCACAAUCUUAAAGAAUGAAUAAGUAUUUUAAAUGUAGUAUGAAGCACUACCCAGCAAGAUCUGAUGCCUGUCUUUAGCAGUUCAGCAAGGUCAGACGUAAAUAUUUGUAAAUACAAAGUGAAUGAGAAAUUUUCCAGUGUUGGUGUUCACGUCCGAUGUAUUAAAUGUUUUAAUCAUAAAUGGAACAGUGCAGCUAUACCAACAAACUAAAUAUAUUUAAUUUUUACAUGGAAACAUAAACAUGGACCAGGGUUUGGGAAAAAUAAAAGCUUUAUAUAAAAGGAGUGCAUCAUCAUUAUACAAAUAAUUUUCAAAGACUUCUCAACCACUUUGAACUUCUUUGCUUUAGCAUGCUUUUUUUCCCCCAUUUCUUUUUUAAUUUGUCCUCAUUUCUUUUAUUAUUUUUUCAAUUACCAUCUUGUAACCAUAACUUAGUGAAAGGAAGAGAAAAGUAUAUUUAGAGCAUUUUGUGGAUGUGCUUACUUAUGGACUUAAUCUUGCAUCCUUAAAGUGUUUGCAUUUACAGGGUGGUAUUAAAAUAUUUUCCUGUAACUUUAAAUCUACAUGCCUCCAUUUAUAGAUAAGAUUCUGAAGCUGUAAUUUUUCCAAACUGUUGUAAGAUGAUUUAUUUGUGAUGACACUUUGUCAACAUGUCAACAAUGUUUUCUGUACACUGUGCAAUAUAUUUUGGUUUUGCCACUUGUGACUAAUUUUUAUGACUUUGCUUUUUAGAAAACUGGUAAAUAAAACAGAUAUAUUUUUA